CUAAAGCGAUGCCGAUGAGUUGAAACAUGGCGGCCUCCGCAUCACCCGGCGAGACUGUAAUCCCAUGUGACGAUUUUAUGGCAUUCCAGGAGGUGCUGCGAAAGUUUCGCCGUAUAGACGACAACAUAAUAUCAUCUUUAAACACAACUUUGCCAACAGAAUCCUUUGCCGCCGAGUGCGACCCAACUGGGCUGUGUAAAAAGUUGUACCAAGAGCUUUUAAACGCUUACGCUCAACGGGACAAGGCCAUCAAAGGGUGCCUGCAGCAGUCUAAAGACAAGUUGGACCAUCUUCAAGAGCUGCGCGCGGCGAAAGGUGACGAGCCGGCCACUUUGAGGCAACUUCGGAAAGAGCAGUCCAAGAUUCGUAUGUUGCGGAACGAGCUAAACGUCGAAGAAGUUGUCAAGGACCGCAGUUUAAAGGUGUUCCACGAGCGAUGCCGGCUCUUCUACAGCCCACCGGAAGUUUGAUACGAAGGAACACUAGUGUGUCAGCACGACAGUAGAAGAGCAGGUAAGCUUGGCUGGCCAGCACCUUCUGUUGUGUUGCGGGCACCACUCUACUGUCACUGGCAU